UGAACUACCUUAAUUGCAACAAUAAGGAGAUAAUAUCUGCUCUCCAUAACACAUUGCAGACCGAUAAAGACUGUGCAGUGCAAUGUGAGACGAUGAAGGCUCUGGUCACGCUGGGAUACUGGGAUGAAGACUUGAUAACAAAAUUUGUCGAUCAUUUGAGUUGGUCAAGCGGCACACAUCUGGAAGAAUUAAUUGUGAUUCUGAGGGAUACACUGCGGGACUUGUCACUUGCACCCGACCACCAGAACCUGGAGUUCAAAGCAAAGGAGAAAUUGCAUUUACUGUUGACAACACUGAUGACAACUCCUCAUUCCAACGACAUGAUCCCUGUGCAUGCUGCAGCCUCCCUUUGUUACCUAAACAGAAAUGAUCAAAACGCCAUUGAAUACAUCAUGAGCUAUCUUUACGCCGGUCACACCUACCAAAAGAACCUGGCACUGGAUGUGGUGAUAAGGUAUCUCAGGAUAUAUAAGACUUUCAUAAUCCAAGUUCUCCUGAAACAGAUCCAAACCUCUCGUAUUUACAAGCAUCGGUUAGAGGCACUAGAUUUAUUGGUCGUCGUUGGAACACAGCGCAUUGUGGAAGCUAAUAUGUACCACGCUGUGGCUAGUGUGCUGAUGAAAAAACUAUGGCAAGACCCAGUCGUGGCUGUGUCUCGCCGGGCAGCCAUGAUUGUGAAUAUGCUGGGCAUGAAAAGGGGUGUGUGGGAUGAUGUUGAAGAGCAGCUGGAAGAUAAUGACGCAUUGUCCCGGGGAAGAGCAGUCAUCUCUAUGGGCAUUCUUGGGCUGCCCAACCGGAAAGUGCUUAACACACUGCUUGAGAUGCUGGAGUCAGACAUCAGCCAGUACGUGCGAUUCCAGAUAAUGCGCACAUUUGCUAAGCUGCAUCUGAAAGAUGAUCAAGUGAAGCUGAGCCUGAUGAACCGACAGCUUGGAGGAGGGCCACUUGCCAGGGAGGCUGAUAGAAUAAUGAAGAACCUUGAAAAAAAUUACAGUAACCAGGAAAUGACGGUGCCAGCCCAGAAGGCCUUCUAGGGGAGAUGCUACACUGCACUUGCGCUCAUUUCACUUUUAAAUUUGCUCAGCCUUGCUAGGUCUCAAUGUUUUUCGCCAUAAGAACAUAGCCGGAAUGAACUGAGGUUAUUUGGUCUCAGAUCUUUUUAGGCCCGGCUGCCUUCUUCCUGUUAGAAAUGGGGGACAUACCAUCAGAUACCUUUGUUUUAGGAUCACACCUAACAUAGAAUUUCCAAUGUAGAUUGAGAUAAAGCUGGGAAAUGUGACAUUCUGCUCUAUAUUGUUUCAUUUUCCCCUUUCCUGGACUCCCCUAGCUCUACGAAUAAUGUUUUGCUGGUGUCCAAUUUGCUGGUCGUCUCUGUUCCAGACAAGUGUCGGCAGUGCACAUAGAGCCAAGUUUACUUCGAUAUUUACAUUACAGCAGCCAUGACCUAUUCUGACCCCUGACCAUAUCCACACACAGCCAAGCUCUUUGUAUUUAUGAGCAACAAAUCCAUUACCUGAUUUUUCCUCCCACAGAUAAACGUGGACUGAGAAUAAAUGCAGCAUUUGUGCUGUACCUAGCACUCAGGCCUAUGAUGCAAAUUCUGGUAGGACAUCUUGAGUAAAUGACAGGGACCUCAGGAGCGUUGAUGUACAGGAACCUUGAGUUGCAAGUCCAUAGCUCCCUGAAAGUGGUGACACUGGUGGUAAAGGCAGCACUUGGUAUAUUUGCCUUCCUAUGCAGUCAUUCAUAUAAUUAAUUGGAACAUCAUGUUGCAGCUGUGCAAAACAUUGUUUAGACCACAUUUGCAGUACUGUGUACAGUUCUGGUCACCACACAAGAAAAAAAUAUGGUAGCAAUAAAGAAUGCAGAAGAGAUUCACCAGGAUGUUGCCUAGAAGGGAGGGCUGGGAUUUAAGGAGAGAUUGGAUUGCUUUCUGAUCACAUGACAAUGCAGGAAUUGUUAGGGGAAGUCAGCAUGUCUUGCUUGCCUUUGUAAGCAAAGGCUAUUCAUAGGCAGGGGAGUUGGGUCAUGAUGUUGCAACUGUGCAAGUCAUUGCUUAGGCUACAGGAAACACUAGAAAGAAUGCAGAACAGGUUCACCAGGAUGUUGCCUGGAAUGAAGGGCUUUAAUUAUGAGACUGGAUAGGUUAGGGUUCUCAUUGGAGUACAGGAGGCAGAGUAGUGACCUUAUAGAGUUCCAUUUUUUAAACAAUUGCCUCCUUAUUUUGCAACAAUGUUUCCUUAUUUGGGACUCUCCUGCCAAUGAAAACAUCUCAGCCUACACAGAGUCAAAAUCCCUUAUGAUCUUAAGUAUUUGAAUAAGGUAAUUCCUUAUUCUGCUAAACUCCCAAGGAAUACAGAUCAAGCUGUUGAGCCUCUUUCAGUAUGUCAACUCUCUCAUCCCAGGAAUGAGCCUGGCGAAUCUCCUUUGGAUUGCCUUCUAUGUUAAUAUAUAUAUUUUUUUGUUAAGAGGGUCAAACUUGCACACGUGUGGUCUUUCCAAAUGCCUUUUUCAAAGUUACCGUACAAAGGUUAGCAGUACACCUACUGGUCAAUGAGUAAAGUUGAAAGAGACAUCUUAGUGUUUAAACAUGAACAGGCAACAAUCCAAUUCUUCAUUGAUAAGAGGGAAACCUUAAAUUUGAAAAGAUUUCUGUGUUCAUUUUAAAGUGAAUCUAAUAAGUAGAAAACAGUAACAUGUGAUUAUCAGUAUUGUGAACCCAGCUGGAUCUACCAUGUAUUCACUAAAUAUAAUAGAGGGCAUCAGAGGCAGAUACAUUAUGGCUCAUUUUGCUAAAUUUUCAUUUGCACCUGGCUAUGUCAUUGAAUGUACAAAUGUUUUCUCCUAAAAUACAAACCUGAGCAGGUACACACAGGUUGUGAAAAAAAGAAAUCAGCAAAUUCAGACUCUUCUCUGUUGGACUCACAUUGUAAUAAACUUUUUCUUGAAUUUACCCGCUCAAGAUAGUGCAAUUUUAAAUGUUAAUCAAUUGUGAAAGGUGAUAUUUCCUUUUCCCAGCACUACAUGUAUGAGUUAUGGGAGAGAAAUCACUGACAUAUUUUGCUUUUCAUCCUCAAUCCUGGCGGAACACAUUAUAAUACCUUGUCCAACACGGUCAGCUUAUGGCCAGUACAUCCUCUACUGGGCCAAUGGAGCAGCUUCUUUCACCUGAAGCAGGUUGUUUUUGUGCUGCUCUACCACAUGGUG